GUUUCAAAUUGUAUGUGAGUGAGAGAGAACUCGCUUGCUUUCCACAUUCAAAUCGCACAUUCUUCUAGAGAGAGAAAGCAGCUCAGAGAUCUGAGGUGAUUCCAAUCCAGAGAGAGAAAACAAGCAUUCCAUUCUUCACCUAGUUGACACACUCUGUCUCUUUCUAACUACUAUACGCGAAAAUUUGUAAAUAAAUCUCUAUAUAUACAUACAUGCACAUCUACUACACUGUAUGUAUGUUUGAGAAACCCUAGAAGAUAAAGGCUUUUAUGUCGAAUUGAUUCAUGUGUGAGUAAGUUCAGAUCGGAGUGAUGGAGGAUGUAUCCGGCGGCGGUGGUGUCGGAGGAAUGACGGACAUGCCGGAAAUGUUGCAAGGAGGUGAGUACAGCGGCGGCAAUGUACGGCCUCCGAUGGCUGAGACGACGCCGUUGACGGUGUCAGGCUCUUUUAGGGAAGGCGGGGGGAGGGGUUCGGGUAUGACUAGUCGUAGGAGGAGCUCGAGGAGACCGAGCUUAGACACUGAUGACUUUAUAAAUCUGCUCCACGGGUCGGAUCCGGUAAAGCUGGAGCUCAAUCGGUUGGAAAAUGAAGUUAGAGAUAAGGAUAGAGAGUUGAGCGAAGCACAAGCGGAGAUCAAGGCGCUCAAGCUGUCUGAACGCCUAAGAGAGAAAGCUGUUGAAGAGCUAACUGAAGAAUUGUCGAAGGUGGACGAGAAGCUGAAGUUGACAGAAUCUCUUCUAGAUACCAAAACUCUUGAAAUCAAGAAAAUCAAUGAUGAGAAGAAAGCAUCAAUGGCGGCUCAGUUUGCAGCAGAAGCCACUCUUCGGAGGGUUCAUGCUGCUCAAAAAGACGAUGAUAUGCCUCCAAUUGAGGCAAUCCUUGCACCACUAGAAGCUGAACUAAAGCUUGCUCGACAAGAGAUUGCUAAGCUGCAGGAUGACAAUAAAGCAUUAGAUCGAUUGACUAAAUCAAAAGAGGCUGCUCUACUUGAAGCUGAGAGAACUGUGCAGGUUGCCUUGGCAAAGGCUUCAAUGGUGGAUGAUCUUCAGAAUAAGAACCAGGAGUUGAUGAAGCAAAUAGAAAUUUGCCAGGAGGAAAAUAAAAUUUUGGAUAAAAUGCAUCGACAAAAAGUGGCUGAGGUGGAAAAGCUUACUCAAACUGUACGUGAACUUGAAGAGGCUGUUCUUGCUGGUGGUGCCGCUGCAAAUGCUGUGAGGGAUUAUCAGCGCAAAGUUCAAGAGAUGAAUGAGGAGCGCAAAACUCUGGAUCGGGAGCUAGCUCGUGCAAAGGUUACAGCAAAUAGAGUGGCAACAGUAGUAGCUAAUGAAUGGAAAGAUGCUAAUGACAAAGUUAUGCCAGUUAAACAAUGGCUUGAAGAAAGAAGGUUCUUGCAGGGUGAGAUGCAACAACUGCGGGACAAAUUAGCUAUAACAGAGCGUGCGGCAAAGUCUGAAGCACAACUGAAAGAGAAAUUCCAAUUGCGACUGAGAGUACUGGAAGACACUUUGAGAUCACCCAACUCUCUUUCUCUUUCUCGUAGCUCAGCACCCAUGGGCAUGAGCAAUGGUGCUUCGCGUCGUCAGUCCUUAGGUGGAGCGGAUAACUUUUCAAAAUUAUCUCCAAACUUACCCAAAAGAUCACCAUCUUUUCAAAUAAGAUCAUCUGGUUCCAGUUCAAUUUUGAGGCAUGCUAAAGGGACAUCAAAGUCAUUUGAUGGUGGUACACGGACACUUGAUAGGAGUAAACUUAUUUCAAAUGGAACAAGUGGGAGUGGGAGUCCUACUUUUAACCUUGGCCAAACGUGUGAGGGAACUAAGGAUACUGAAAUUCUGCAUGAAAAACCAGCUGCCUCCUUGGAGGAUAGUGUGCCAGGAGUUUUGUAUGAUUUGCUUCAGAAAGAGGUGGUUUCUUUGAGGAAAGCCGGUUAUGAAAAGGAUCAGAGCAUAAAAGACAAGGAUGAUGCCAUUGAGAUGUUAGCGAAGAAAGUAGACACGUUAACCAAGGCUAUGGAGGUUGAGGCGAAAAAGAUGAGAAGAGAGGUGGCUGCAAUGGAGAAGGAAGUAGCUGCUAUGCGUGUUGACAAGGAACAGGACAAUAGGGCAAAACGCUUCACCAACACCUCUCACCUACAUCCCGCCAGGAAUGUGGCACGGAGUGGGUUGACACGGGGUACCCAAUGACAUGAGUAGAUUGGUUCAACCUGUGUUUUUACAAUUUUACCCUUUUUAACAUGAUCCAUUGGUUAUUAUUAUUAUUAUAUAUAUUAUAAAGAUAAAAAAAAACAAGAGGUGUUUUCUUUUCGGUAGAAGAAAUCAGCACACAGAAAAGAAUGGAGUGGAUGGAGCUAACCAGUGUCGGUGUCCGUCAGUGUGGUUAUUGUAUAGGUUUGUAGUGUGGUUUUUGGUUUCUUUUUUGGUCAAUAUUUUGCUGUCUGUCUGACUGUUAUCAGAUGGAGGUUCUAGGUCUUAAUCUUAAUACAUUUAUUUUUCUGAUUACCUAUACUUUACCUUAGUUUCUACUUUGUAGUUUCCACUAUCAGUAUCAGUAUCAAUCAAUGCAUCUAGAGUGAUUUA